GCGCCAUAUGUAUUUUUUUACUAAAUAAAAAAAAUUAUUCGAUAAUAAUAUCACUACAGGAAAGGAAAGAAAACAUAAAUACAAAUAGUACAGCUACAAAGAGCUGAUCUUUUAUAUCCCUUUUCGUCAGCGGCCGCGUCUGUAUUCUGGCAUCACGAUUGACAGUGUGUUGAUAAGAUCAAAUGACAACAUGUCGGAGUACAACAUGUUUCGAUCGAUUUUGAUCAAAUGCCAAAUGUGACCUUUUAAGCACUCGUUUAUUGUUUUAUUCGCGAUACGUUUUAAUGUGUCGGUCUCUCGAGUAAUGUUCUUCAUCAAUGUCCUGUGAAUAAGGUUGGAGUGAUCUCUAGAUUACAUCUGCAAUAUCAUUGCGACGUAAUAACGUAGUGGCAGGUUUUUCAUUUUUUGCUCAAAGAUGAAUACAGUUCUUGGCGAGACUUUACGUUAAAACCUGAUUUAUAAGCUACAUAAUUUGCGAGAGUCAUAGAUGUAUUAGAUAAAUCGCAUCUAAUCAUUCAAAGUAUCUCGAGCGUGUUAAUGUCAACAUAACGUUAGCGGACGAUGGACGGAGAGGAUGCCAUUGAUGUCGAUCCGCGAGAGUUACAGGAGACUCUUCAAACAUAUAGAAAGCUUGCCGAUGAUUUUGUAAACCAUGACACAAUCUUGAAAGACAAAACAGUUUUAUCUUACAUAGCAUAUGUCUUAGAAGUACCUGACCCAGAUAUAGUCGUUUUAGCCUUAGACAUUCUGGAGAUAUUUGUUAAAAACGUUGAUAAUUAUAUUCACAUAACAUCUACCUUUGGUGUACGAGAAUCCUUAGAGGCUAUUAUAAAUAAGUACAGCUUGAGUGAACCAAAGAUAGCCGGUCAAGCGCAACACAUCAAAGAUGACAUAGAGCGCAUGAAACCUCCUAUAUACAACUUACGCAGUCGUUGCAGACGAGUUAUAGAGCCCAAAAAGUUGAAGACUCAUGUGAUGGUUUUACAUGUUCAAGGUUUAUUACCUGAAACUCGUGCCGAAUUGGAAAGAAUCUUAAUAAGAAUUGAAGGUCUCAUUUCUCUUGUUGUCGAUGUAGAACACCAGCGUGUAACUAUGCGUACUUUAAAUUAUGUCACUGCAAAACAAAUUGCAGAAGCAAUCGAUAAAAACACAGAUGCCAUGGAAGCAAGAUUGGUUACAAGAAAUAAAUUUAAUCAAGAAUUUUUAGUAAACUUGAUACAAGGCGACAAUAGCGAUGGCGAAGAAAUGCCUGAUUAUUUGCCCGAAGAGGAAGAAGAAGAUGACAAGGAAGGUGUCGUAUCGCUAUUUACCGGUUUAAAACAAAGCGCUUCAUCUUUAUAUAAAUCUACCGCUGAAUUUCUAAGUAAUUCAUUCUAUUGGUAGAAUUUAUGUAAUGAAAAUUAUUCCUUUGUGAUUAUUGUAGUUACAGUUUUAUUUAUUCAAAAUUAAUUGUUCAUUUAUUUUACCAAAAAAUGAACAAAAACAAUUUUACGGAUUUAAAUGAUAUACACUGCUUCAAUAGGUGUACGUUAAAGAGAAAGACUUGAUAAACUGUUUUAGUUUAAUGUUUAUGAUGAAUCAAUUAUUAUCAUUUAAGAAUUUUAUAUUCCUGUCAAAGCGUGUUUAUGAUAAUAAUUAUAGUAGAAUAACAUGUUAAUUGGUUCUAACAAUUAAUAAUGCCCUAUACUCUCAUAAAUUUAAUCUGUAUAAAAAGAUUUCUAAGUUUUUACACCUAUAUUUGUAAAAAGAAAAUGUAUAUACGCUUUAUGUUAUUUACUUGUUUACGUAUUUACUUAUGUACAUAAUUAGUUUUUUCUUAUUUUUCAUAUUUCAACAAUUAUACAUGUUUUACAUUUAAAAUUUUUAACGUGUGACUUGAUAUACUGCGACCAAAGGAUUUUCUUCAAAUUCAAAUAUGCUAAUGUAAUGUCAAUAUAUUAUACAUACUAAAGAGAUUGCGUGUAAAUGAGAUUUCAGUGUAGAAAUUUGCAAUAUGUCAAAUUAGAUAUAGGAAUUAAAUAUAUAUAUGACAUGGACAUUCUCAAGAUGUAGUAGUGUAUACAAUUGUGCGAAGUUUUGAUUAAAAGAAUUUUAAUGUUUAAAUCCGCAAUAGUUUUCAUCGAUGUUGUAAUGUAAAUUGUUUGUUUUUAAGUUUACUCGUGUAACAUAUUUGUAAAUCCAUGUUUAUCAAAUUACCAAGCAAUUCUCAACUAAGCGUCAAAACUUUCGUAUGCCAAUGCCGUCAUUAAAUUUAACGAUCGCUUUUAAACAAAGCUGCAUACAUUUAAAAAUCUUUAUCGCUUGUUAGCGAUCUAUAUACGCCACGAUACAUUCGUUGGAUUUGUACAAAGAAUGAAAUAUACGACAUCGUGUAAAUCAACUUUA